AUGAGGCUAGCCCUUGGACCUGAUGUAAACAUCACUUUGGAUACUGACCUUCUUCCCGCUUCUCUCGGCCAGCAGAGCUUGGUGGACGGACCUGUGUCACACAUCUCCCGCAGUCACAGCAGCUGCAGCGCGGACACCUGUCGCCAUGAGGCCCCGACGGUGUACACGCAGCUGUCUUACCUGGAUUCACCCAGAUCCACGUCGUCCAAUGGAUUCCAUGGAUCUAGGAGGAAAGUGGGCGGAGAGCUGAGCACAAAGCACUGGUGGCUGGUGGGCCUAGUGUUCCUGGUGGCGGCGACGGCUGGCGUGGGGGUGGGCGUGCCCCUCGCCCUCAGGGGGGACCCGUCACAGUCCUUCGAGAAGAGACUGGAGACGGCCAGGAAGAUCCUGUCGGAGUUUCCGCUCAUAGAUGGGCACAACGACCUCCCGUGGAAUAUAAGAAGUUUCAUUCACAAUCAACUGGAAAAACUCAAGCUGAACGAGAGUCUGAAGACCGUCGAGCCUUGGUCCGUUAGCAAUUGGUCUCACACGGACCUUCCGAGACUAAGAGAAGGCCUUGUGGGCGGUCAGUUCUGGGUGGCUUACACGCCUUGUGACUCGCAGUACCUGAAUUCCGUGCAGCUGACCCUAGAACAGAUCGACCUCAUUAAAAGAGUCCUGAAGAAGUACAAUCAAUACCUAGAACUCGUUACCAAAUCCGAAGACAUCACCGCCGUCUUCAAGAAAGGGAAAAUCGCCAGCCUGAUCGCCAUCGAAGGAGGCCACGGAAUCAGCAACAGCUUAGGAACGCUGAGAAUGAUGUAUGAACUCGGUGUACGGUAUCUCACUCUUACACACACGUGCGAUACGCCCUGGGUAAGGGGAGGUUCAACGAGCCAUCCGGGGCUCUCCGACUUCGGCAAGAAAGUCGUGCAGGAGAUGAACCGGCUGGGGAUGAUGGUGGACCUGUCUCACGUGUCGACGCAGACGAUGCGGGACACCCUGGCCGCCACGCAAGCGCCCAUCAUCUUCUCGCACUCGUCGGCGCGCGCCCUCUGCGACAACCCCAGGAACGUGCCCGACGAUGUGCUCCGACAGGUGAAACACAACCGCGGGAUCGUCAUGGUCAGCUUCUACGCCGACCACGUGAGCUGCGCCGACAGAGCCAACGUCAGCCAUGUGGCAAAACACAUCAACCACAUACGGGAAAUCGCGGGCAUCGAUCACGUUGGCAUCGGAGCGGAUUUUGACGGAAUCAACAAGACGCCGGUGGGCCUGGAAGACGUGAGCAAGUACCCCGCCUUGUUGGCCGAGCUGCUGCGUGACCCGAGGUGGACGGUGGCUGACCUCAGGAAGCUGGUGGGCGAGAAUAUCAUCAGAGUGUUCUCGGAGGUGGAGAGGGGUUUAGAUAGAUAG